AUGGUGUCGCCGGCGGCGCGGCUGGUGGGGCAGGGCGUGUGGGCGGCGCUGACCGGGGGCUGGUACCACGACCCGGAGCAGGGCGCCUUCACCAACAGCUGCCACCUCUAUCUGUCGCUGUUCCUGCUAACGCUGCCCAUGGCCCUGCACCUGGCUUUUCCAGCAAAUGCAGUGACUGUUUUUGUGUACUGCAGCUCGGUGACAGUUUUCUUCACGGUAAUAAAGGUGAUCAGCUACCGUUUGCACCUUAUGUUUGAUAAAGGCGAAGUAAUUCAACAAAAGCUCUCAAGAAAAAAUGGAAGGCAGUGUAAAGAUACAGAGGUUCAAAAAGGAGAAGUGGUUCAGUCCUCAAACUGUAGCAAUAACUCGGGGGAUCAUGUCAUCGGUGAGACCAGCCAAAAUGACUCUACGCAGACAAUUCCCGACAGCUCCAGAGUGCAGGCUCCGCACUCGCAGGACUCACCUGGAGCCACGGAUCUGCCAACAAGGGAAACUAUUGAAGAUCUUAGAGGUGUUAUGGUACUAGAAGACCAGGCUACACCACCAGUUUCAUCUACCUCACCCUGUAUCAAAGCAGAUAUAUUACCUGUUUCUACAACCUCUGGUUCAGGUGCCACCACAUCAGCAAUAGCAACAAAACCAGCUGUUAUGGAAACAUUUCCUGGUGAUGGAGUAAAUGAAAAAGGAGUGAAUGGACAGCCUUGUGGCCACCGUGGAUCCCAAGAUAUUCUUGUGGACAGAGACAUAGCUAAAAACUUCUCCAAUAUUUCUUCAUCACAAGGUGAUAUUUUAAGGACUGGAGUUUCUUCAGAGCCAUGGGACAGUGAAAAUUCAGUUAUUUCAGACUAUUUAAGUAAUCCUAAAAGCUACAAAAGAGAGAAAUUGCCAGAUGGAUUGCCAGAGACAGGCUUUACCAGUCACUACCCACAGUGCAAUGCCAUUGCAACCAAAGAGCGUGAGCAGAUGGAAAGUUCUUGCAAUGCUGAUAAUAGCCAUGAGGACCUUGAUUGCUCAGACAGUGAGACUGCUGUCGUAGUUGUGGAUAAUUCUCUUCCUGGAGACCAGCUGUGUGAGCCCAUCAAAAUUGUCAUCACAAUGAGUACUACACCAAACACCACCCUGAGUGACCUACCGGGCUCUGUGCCCUUACAGGCCCUGGAAAGUGAGAGAACAAGCUCAGCCCUUGACUCUGGUGUAGUUAGAGCAGGCUGGUCAAGUCAGCAAACUAAUGAACAGCUCAAAAUCCCUGUUAUCACGUUUGACCUGUCUGAGGACAGUAAAGCUAAGCCUUGCUCAGAAGUUAGUGAAAGUGACAGAACUCCGGAAAUGUUGAGGGCAGAGUUGUCAUCCAACCAGUGCUCCGGCUAUGAAUCGGGUGAUGCAGUAAAGGAGCUCAGCAACCCAGCAAAUACACCUCUAGAAACUAACACUUGUUCAGAUCCAAAUCAGGAGAAUGCUUUGGAAAAUGUCCAGACUGUGGAUUUAAGUUCUAAGGAAGACCUGCAUAACCUAGACCCACAGUCCUGUAGAACUGCUCAUGAAAAGAGGCAUAUGCGGGUGUUGAGUGUAGACAGUGGGACAGAUGUGCUUUUAAGUAAGAAUUUUGUGGAGGUAUCUGACAAAGAAAAGACUUUACCAACCUCUAAAUCAGAUCUAGAAGCUAAAGAAGGUCAGAUGCCCAACGAAUCUAACUUUCUAGAAUUUGUCUCCCUCUUGGAAUCCAUUAAUACCUCAAAGAUGAAGACAUCUAAUCAAUCCACUGUCAAAACAGAGACGACAAAGGAAAAUGGGCUUGUUGGAGAUAGCCAGAUGACGGAGAGAAAAGAAGAAAUGGUGGGAACAGAAAAGCACUGUGAGCAACUUCCUAAACAGGAAAGAUCAGAUGUACAAAGCCAAGAUCGUGCUAGUACUAGUCCGGUGCUACCAGAGUCUGCCAAAUUUGCAGCACUUUACCAGGGCAGCAGGCAAAGGCAGAUAAUCUACCGGGUAACUUCUCAGCAAGACAGUUCUGUCUUGCAAGUAAUAAGUGGACCUGAGGCGUCUGUGCAAGAUGAGCUCUCCGUGGAUGCAAUGCAUGUGUUCAUAGAUGAAAAUGGGGAAAUUAGAUCCUGCUAUUUAAAAGCUGGCUGUCAGAAGGAAGGAAAUUUUAGACAUCAGCUAUCAAAUUGUGAUUGUAUGUCAAAUGCUCAUGAAAUACAGUUCAGCUCCUCCAGUACUACCACUUCAGAGAGCCAAGAACCAUCUUCUGGGGAUCAAGCAGCCAGCGCACUUCAGCAGCAGCUCCUACUGAUGGUGGCCAGAAGGACCCUUUCAGAAAACCCACGGCAGCCCAGCCAGGACCCUGAGGAUUCUUCAUGUUCUUCAGCACAACGGAAGCUGAACAGGCAGUUUUACAGAUUUGUUAUAUUCCCUGGCAAGUGGAUUAAAGUCUGGUAUGAUCGUCUUACCUUGUUGGCAUUGUUGGACAGGACAGAAGAUAUAAAGGAAAAUGUGUUUGCUGUCCUUCUAGUAGUUCUUGUUUCACUUCUUGGAUUCCUGACUCUGAACCAAGGCUUCUGUAAAGACAUUUGGGUUCUGUUGUUCUGUCUCGUAAUGGCCAGCUGCCAGUAUUCUCUCCUCAAGAGUGUUCAGCCUGAUCCUGCUUCACCAAUACAUGGACACAAUAAAAUCAUAAUCUACAGCAGACCUGUAUAUUUUUGUAUAUUGUGUGGCCUUAUUUUGCUGCUAGAUGCUGGAUCUAAAGACACAAAUCCUCCUGUUUAUACAAUGUAUGGCCUGAAGCUCUUCUCACCCAGAUCUCUCCAGUCAGCCAGAGACCAUGUAAUAGUGUUUUUAUAUUGCUUUCCUGCAAUUUCUCUUCUUGGACUUUUCCCUCAAAUCAAUACCUUCUGCAUAUAUCUUUUGGAACAAAUAGAUAUGUUGCUUUUUGGUGGUUCUGCUGCUGCUGGGUUCGUAUCUGCACUGUACAGCAUUUCCCGAAGCUUUGUUGUUCUGAUUGUCCUAUAUGCCUUCUGCUUCAGUGCAGUGAAGGAACCCUGGGAUGCACAGCACAUUCCAGCACUGUUCUCUGCUUUCUGUGGUCUGCUAGUUGCACUUUCUUAUCACCUCAGCAGACAAAGCAGCGACCCAUCUGUGCUGAUGUCCCUUAUUCAGUGUAAAUAUGUCCCUCACUAUCUACGCCAACGAUUUGAAGAUUCAUCAGAAGAUCCACUCCCAGAAAAAAUGAGAGAAUCAGUGAAAGAAAUCUUGAAAUCGGAUCUCAUUGUCUGCACGGCAGCUGCUGUUCUGUCAUUUGCUGUCAGUGCCAGUACUGUGUUCCUGUCAUUAAGGCCAUUUCUCAGCAUUGUCCUGUUUGCUUUGGCGUGGACAGUGGGAUUUGUAACACAUUACAUCCUCCCUCAGCUCCGCAAGCAUCACCCCUGGCUGUGGAUCUCCCACCCCAUACUCAAAAGCAAAGAGCACCAGCAGCGGGAAGUGAGAGAUGCUGCUCAUUUGAUGUGGUUUGAAAGGCUUUAUGUGUGGCUACAGUGCUUUGAGAAAUACAUUUUAUAUCCAGCUAUAAUACUGAAUGCACUCACCAUUGAUGCUUUCUCAAUUAGUAAAUACAAGAAGCUUGGUACACACUGUGACAUUAUCCUGAUAACAGUUGCUGGGAUGAAGCUCCUCCGCUCCUCAUUCUGUAAUCCUAUUAAUCAAUUUGUUACUUUGAGCUUUACUGUGAUCUUCUUCCGAUUUGACUACAGAGACAUUUCAGAAAAUUUCUUGCUGGAUUUCUUCAUGAUGUCCAUUGUGUUUCAUAAGCUGUGGGACCUACUGCAGAAGUUGCAGUUCAUCAUGACAUACAUUGCUCCCUGGCAGAUUGCCUGGGGGUCAUCGUUCCACGUUUUCGCUCAGCUCUUUGCAAUACCUCAUUCUGCUAUGCUUUUUUUUCAAACUCUGGCCACUUCAGUCUUUUCUACACCACUGAGUCCAUUUCUGGGUAGUGUCAUCUUCAUCGCAUCAUAUGCACGACCAAUCAAGUUCUGGGAGAAAAACUACAACACCAAAAGAUCGGACCAUUCCAACACCAGACUGGCAAUCCAGAUCGAAAAAGAUGCAGGAAAUGACGACAAUAAUCUGAACUCCAUUUUUUAUGAGCAUUUGACAAGAUCUUUGCAGGAGUCUCUUUGUGGAGAUUUGAUCCUGGGCCGCUGGGGAAACUACAACACAGGAGACUGUUUUAUUCUGGCAUCAGAUUAUUUAAAUGCCUUUGUGCACUUGAUCGAAAUUGGAAAUGGCCUAGUCACCUUUCAGCUCAGAGGGCUCGAAUUUCGAGGGACAUACUGCCAGCAGAGAGAAGUGGAAGCUAUAACAGAAGGAGAUGAGGACAACGAAGGCUGCUGCUGCUGCAAGCCUGGGCACUUGCCUCACCUGCUGUCCUGUAAUGCAGCCUUUAACCUGCGCUGGCUGACGUGGGAGAUCACACGAACCCAGUACAUCCUGGAAGGAUACAGCAUCAUCGACAACAACGCUGCCACAAUGCUGCAAGUGUUCGAUCUGCGCAGAAUCCUUAUCAGAUACUAUAUCAAGAGUAUAAUAUACUUUACAGCAAGUUCUCCCAAAAUCCUUGACUGGAUAAAAGAUGAAUCCAUCCAAAAGAUACUGCAGCCUUAUGCAAAGUGGCAUUAUAUUGAACGUGACCUUGCGAUGUUUAACGUUAACAUAGAUGAAGAUUAUGUUCCGUGUCUCCAAGGAAUAACAAGAGCUAGCUUCUGCAGUGUUUAUCUGGACUGGAUUCAGUUCUGUGCCAGGAAAAGGGUGGAGCACCUGGACAGUGAUGAGGAUUCUCCUCUAGUGACGCUUUCCUUUGCCUUGUGUAUACUGGGUCGGAGAGCUUUGGGAACUGCAUCUCACAAUAUGGCCAUCAGCUUGGACUCUUUUCUUUAUGGGCUCCAUGCGCUAUUUAAAGGAGACUUCCGGAUAGCAGCCAAAGAUGAGUGGGUCUUUGCAGACAUGGAUCUGUUGCAUAAGGUUGUUGCCCCAGCAAUCCGAAUGUCUCUGAAGCUACACCAGGACCAGUUCACAUGCCCAGAUGAGUAUGAGGACCCAGCAGUUUUGUACGAAGCGAUCCAAUCCUUUGAAGAAAAGGUUGUGAUUUGCCAUGAAGGGGACCCAGCCUGGCGCAGCGCAGUCCUGUCCAACCGGGAGGAGCUGCUGACUCUGAGACAUGUGGUAGAUGAAGGAGCAGAUGAAUAUAAAGUUAUCAUGCUCCACAAAAGCUAUCUGAGCUUCAAGGUGAUCAAGGUCAACAAGGAGUGUGUCAGAGGGCUUUGGGCUGGCCAGCAGCAGGAACUGAUUUUCUUGCGCAAUCGUAACCCAGAGAGAGGAAGCAUCCAGAACAAUAAACAGGUGUUGCGGAACUUAAUUAAUUCUUCAUGUGAUCAGCCACUGGGAUAUCCAAUGUAUGUUUCCCCCUUAACCACCUCGUACCUUGGGACACACAGCCAACUGAGGAACAUUUGGGGGGGACCUGUCAGUUUGGACAACAUUAAAAAGUGGUUCAAAUCCAAGUGGUUAAGAAUGCGAAAGGACUGCCACGCAGCAGCUCACCAUGAGAGAGGCAAUGUUGAAGAGGUGGACAGUGGAGGGGGGUCUUCAUCCAGCAACAAUUCCACAGGGAAUUCAAGCCAGAGCAGUAGCUCACAGCCUACCAGGGAUGGAACCCCUCAGCUGCAAACUUCAUCUCAAGAGGUCCACCAGCGGGCAGGCAGGAGAAAACCCAGGAGUCAGUCUGUCCAGGCACACACUGCUUUAAACCAAAGGCCCCCUGCUUCAAGUCACUCUGGACCAAUUGUAGAAAGCCGCCAGCCUUUCAUCCAAACAUCUACAUCUGCCCACGAAAUUGCCCAAAGGCUUUCUAGUAGUCAGCUAUCAUUCCACAACUCGGCAACAUCUGUGUUUUCUCAGUCCCCUGCUGUUCCUGUUGCUGGCCAGCUGACUGUGCAGGACCGAGCUGCAGCAAUGCUCAGGUCCAGCCUGGCCUCCUCCACCAGCUCAACUCUCAGCCUGUUGUUCGGCAAGAGAAGUUUUUCAAGUGCUUUGGUGAUUUCUGGGCUCUCGGCUGCCGACGGAGGCAACACGAGUGACACGCAGUCAUCCAGUAGCAUGAACAUCGCCAUGGGGCCAUCUGCCAGAGCAGCAAGCCAGGCAGCUCGGCAAGCCGCUGAGACCUGUGAAGCAACAGAUGCUACGGAACCAAGACCCCAGCGGGAGGCGGGUCCAGCCCAUGCACUAUUCAUGAGUCGGAACCUGGAGUGCAGAAGGGCCAGCCAAGAAGAUAUGGCCCUGGAAGACACCGCUUCUCAGCAGAGCCUGUCUGAGGAGCAGUGA